UUGCUCCACGUUGACGGACUCUUCUCCUCGGUUUAACCGGUCUUCCAGCCACCGCACCAGGACACCCUCGUUCCCAGCCAGAACAGACUCCUGAAUGGCGACACCUGAGUCGCUAAUGCGAGCCGCCGCUUCCCUCAGUUUCACUUGCUCCAGGAGCACGCCGGGGCUAGGCGGUCCACCGGUGGGCACGGGCGGGUUAUUCGAUCCCCUUCCGCUUCUCCCUGAACCGGAGCCACCGCCGCCUCCUACACCGACGGCAGUGGCCGCAGAGGCCGGACUGUCUUCCGCGAAGCCGGGGCUCUCCGUUUCUACGUCUUCCUCGUCGCCGCUGCCUCCACCGCAGCCACUCUCUGCGUUCCCCAUGUUUGUUCCGCCGACCUAGGGCUCCCGGAAAAUCUCUGCGGCCCACUGGGUGUCACUUUUGAAACGUUUACACCGGUCCGUACACAGACCACCUCUCUAACCCAGGGCUAGAGCUCUGCCUCUACCGUACACUACUACCGCAUUGACGUGCUGUACGUCGUCAACGUGCCUGAAAACGUCCUCAAUCAGUUUGCGCACGCGCGGUGGGGUUCCAGUGAACGGAAAGCACCUGCGCUGUUGUUGCCACUGUUUUCAGAAGGGGUGUGAUGAUGUUAUGCGAUGUAAAUGGGGGACAGGCCAAAACGCUUUCAUGAAUAGCAUGCUCGGCUAUGUUUUUGUCGCUUUUUUAGCACUGGCAGUUUUGUUCAUCCCACGCGAGUGGUCCUUCACAUUUGGAAAUGGAUCAGACCGGGGGCCCCCUUUGCGGCUCCUGAGCAGGCGUGAAUUAUCACUGUACGACGGGGAGGAAGGCAGCCAGGGCCUUUACCUUGCCAUACUGGGGCAGGUUUUUGAUGUACUCAAGGGACACAAGCACUAUGGACCUGGAGGUGCUUAUCACUUUAUGACAGGCAAAGAUGCCUCUCUGGCCUUCAUCACUGGGGACUUCACAGAAAGUGGUCAGACAGAUGAUGUGUCCAGUCUGUCCCCAAUGCAGGUGAUGGCCCUUUACGACUGGCUGGCCUUCUAUCAGAGGGACUACAAAAGUGUAGGUCUGUUAAUAGGCCGGUUCUAUAGCGAGACUGGGGGGCCCAUGGAGGCCCUGUUGCAGGCAGAAGCGUCACUAGCGGAGGGCCGGCGAAUAAAGACCCAGUCUGAGGCCGAGCGGCUGCGCUUCCCAGCAUGCAACUCAGAGUGGAGCGCUGCCAGAGGAGGAAGAGUCUGGUGCUCCACUAAGAGUGGUGGAGUGGAAAGAGGCUGGACGGGUGUUCCACGGAAGCUCUUCUCUCCAGGCUCCAGUGGUGUUCGUUGCGUCUGUGUUGAAGACCUAUCUGCAGCAGAGGAGGACCCCAACCUGCAGAAAUAUGACGGCUGCCCUCCACAUGCUGAGUCAUGCUCCGUCGAGGAGUUCUAGCCUCAGGGCCAACCCGGGAAAUGGACCUGUUGACAGCAGCACGAUACUCGGGGACAUUUUUUAACUUAUUCACUAAAAAGAGGAACGGAAGAAGAAGACAAGUCAAGGCAUUGGUUUUUGAUGACCUUUAUGUAAAGUUGUCCUCCCUUUCUCUAAAAGGAUACACCAGGAAGAGACAGGCUAGAUAUCUGAGCAUACAGAUACAAUAUAAUGUGCAUAAAAGAUUAAACAAUGUGCAUAAAAGAUUAACAGAGGCAAGAUUUAGGUUUGUCACAAUGACAAGGACAAACUGCAUUUAAGUACAAAACAGUUGUAGUGGUCAAAAAUAUCACACAUUUAUCUGUACAAUUUAACAAUACUUAAAGAGGCCCCACUACUUGGCCAUCCCCUCUCCUCCACAUUCUCCCCAAUGAUCAGAAAUGUCAUGUGAUCUUGAUAAAGUGCACCCGUUAGGCUUAGAAAUCAAGAAGCGUCCAAUGUGAUGGGUCAAGACAACAACUUGACUUGAGGCAACAUUGUGGGGACUACGAUCACGACUUCCUACGAGGACCCCGUGGCAGAUAAAAAUAUGGAAUGUAA